CCGGAGGGGAUUCCCGAGCCAGCCGGGCGCUCGCCUUCCACCCGCGGGCCGCCGCGUCGCACGGCCAAGGUCACAGGCGCCGCAGGAGCAGCGGCGGCGAACCGGAGCAGCGGGGCCGUGCUGGCCGCGGAAAGAAGGCCCCGGGGCGCGUUCGACCCGCGUCGGCAGCGGCCUCAGAGAGAGGCGAGAGAAGGUCUCCGGGCCGGCGGGGCCCCCCGAGGUAGUCGCGGGCGCAGAGGCCCGGCAGCUGAAGGCCCCCGGGUCGGCGAGAGCGGAGCUCGGGCUCCAGCGUCGGCUCCCGGGCGCUGUCCGCGGCCUCGUGGUGCUGAACCCAGCCGCGAGCCAAGAGGCCUGCUCGCCCGCCUUCUCACCUACAGAUCGCCCGCACUGGCGGUGGCCACCGGCCAGGGCAAAAGGGGCCCCUGGGCAGCUGCCCACUGCACCCGAGGGGCUGAAACAGGAGAGCCAGCGAACCUCAGCCCGGCAGCCGGUCCUCAUGUGGAGAGGAGACGCGCGCAGCCGCCAGCGGCGGCGCUACUGCUGAUUCAUCCCCUAGAGCAUCUCGCAGGCCACCGCGAGGGCAGCCGACCAGCUCCGGACUCUGGCCGCAGGUUGCAGCCGCUGGUGCAGGAGCCUCGCGGGCAGCAGGUGAGGACCCGCUCUCCUUCCUCUUGCCCCCAGUCGUCCGUGGGCGGUGGCCCCAGGACUGAGAGAGGGGCGUGCCCCCGGCUUGCAAAGCAGUCAUGCCCGUGUGACGCGCCCGCCUCCCCCUCACUGGUGCUAGCCACGCUUGCUCGCCUCUGCCCGUCUCCGGGGCUUGGGCCGUUCCACCCUCCGCGCCGAGCCGCUCUCUCCGCCGGCGCAGCGAUGGAGGAGGAGCUGAAGUGCCCCGUGUGCGGCUCGCUGUUUCGGGAGCCCAUCAUCUUGCCAUGUUCCCACAACGUCUGCCUGCCUUGCGCCCGAACCAUCGCGGUGCAGACCCCGGACGGCGAGCAGCACCUGCCCCCGCCGCUCCUGCACUCCCGGGGCUCAGGGCUGCCCGCAGGCGCCGCCGCCGCGCCCCCUCCGGACCAUGAGACGCCGGCUGGCCCGGCCUGCGGCGGCGGCGGCGGCGGCGGCGGCGGGAGCGCGGCCGGCGGCGACCACGCCGACAAGCUGAGCUUGUACAGUGAGACAGACAGCGGUUACGGCUCUUACACCCCGAGCCUCAAGUCCCCCAACGGGGUUCGCGUGCUGCCCACGGUGCCUGCGCCGCCCGGCUCCUCGGCCGCCGCCGCCCGGGGCGCCGCCUGCUGCUCCCUGCCCUCGGCCUCCUCGAGCUCCAUCACGUGCCCGCAGUGCCACCGCAGCGCCUCCCUGGACCACCGCGGCCUGCGCGGCUUCCGGCGCAACCGACUGCUAGAGGCCAUCGUGCAGCGCCAUCAGCAGGGCCGCGGGGCCGCGCACGGGGCGUCCGCAGCCGCUGCCGUGGCCGUGUGCCAGUUGUGCGACCGCACCCCGCCCGAGCCGGCCGCCACGCUCUGCGAGCAGUGCGACGUGCUCUACUGCGCUGCCUGCCAGCUCAAGUGCCAUCCAUCCCGGGGACCCUUCGCCAAGCACCGCCUGGUGUCGCCGCCGCCGCCGCCGCCGCGCGCGCCCGCCGAGGCCGCCUCUGCGUCUCCAGGCGCCGCCCAGGGCGCCCCCAGCGCAGGCGGAAGCUGCAAGAGCCCGGGUGCCGCCGGCGCCGGAGCGGCGGGGGGCGGCGCGGCCCGCAAGUACCCUACGUGCCCUGACCACGAAAUGGAGAACUACAGCAUGUACUGCGUGAGCUGCCGAGCCCCGGUGUGCUAUCUGUGCCUGGAGGAGGGCCGGCACGGCAAGCACGAGGUGAAGCCGCUGGGGGCCAUGUGGAAACAGCACAAGGCCCAACUGUCUCAGGCCUUAAAUGGAGUUUCCGAUAAGGCAAAAGAAGCCAAGGAGUUUCUAGUUCAGCUGAAGAACAUUCUGCAGCAGAUCCAGGAGAACGGCCUGGACCACGAGGCCUGCCUGGUGGCUCAGUGUGACGCGCUGGUUGAUGCUCUAACCCGGCAGAAAGCCAAGCUGCUUACCAAGAUUACCAAAGAGAGGGAGAACAAGCUGAAGAUGGUUUGGGACCAGAUCAAUCACUGCACGCUGAAGCUGCGCCAGUCCACGGGGCUGAUGGAGUACUGCCUGGAGGUGAUCAAGGAGAACGACCCGUCCGGGUUUCUGCAGAUCUCGGACGCCCUGAUCAAGCGUGUCCAGGUGUCUCAAGAGCAGUGGGUCAAAGGUGCCCUGGAGCCGAAGGUGUCUGCAGAGUUUGAACUGACCUUGGACAGUGGGCCACUGCUGCAGGCCAUCCACCAGCUGGACUUCAUUCAGAUGAAAUGUAGGGUGCCGCCCGUGCCCCUGCUGCAGCUGGAGAAGUGCUGCACCCGGAACAACAGCGUCACGCUGGCCUGGAGGACGCCGCCCUUCACCCACAGCACCGUGGACGGCUACAUCCUGGAGCUGGACGACGGAGACGGGGGCCAGUUCCGGGAGGUGUACGUCGGCAAGGAGACCCUGUGCACCAUUGACGGCCUUCACUUCAACAGCACCUACAAUGCCAGGGUCAAGGCUUUCAACUCCUCUGGCGUCGGGCCCUACAGUAAGACCGUCGUCCUGCAGACGUCCGACGUGGCCUGGUUCACGUUUGACCCCAACUCUGGGCACCGGGACAUCAUUUUAUCCAACGACAACCAGACGGCCACCUGCAGCAGCUACGAUGACCGGGUGGUGCUGGGCACGGCGGCCUUCUCCAAGGGCGUGCAUUACUGGGAGCUGCACGUGGACCGCUACGACAACCACCCGGACCCCGCCUUCGGGGUGGCCAGGGCCAGCGUGGGCAAGGACAUGAUGCUGGGCAAGGACGACAAGGCCUGGGCCAUGUACGUGGACAGCAACCGCAGCUGGUUCAUGCACUGCAGCUCCCACACCAACAGGACGGAAGGCGGCGUGUGCAAGGGGGCCACCGUGGGCGUGCUACUGGACCUGAACGAGCACACCCUGACCUUCUUCAUCAACGGGCAGCAGCAGGGCCCUACGGCCUUCAGCCACGUGGACGGGGUCUUCAUGCCGGCCCUCAGCCUCAACCGCAACGUGCAGGUCACCCUGCACACGGGAUUGGAAGUGCCAACCAACCUGGGGCGGCCAAAGCUGCCAGGCAACUAGCCUCCCAGGCCCUGCUCUGCACGGCUGCCCCUCACUGCACUCACAUAACCCUGAGGGCAGCACAGCCACAUCCUGGGUGCAGCCCAGCAGCCACGGAGCAUCUCAGAGACCCGCUUUCUUUGGGGGAUGGAGAACGAUCUGCAGGCUGUGCGCACGGAGGCCCCAGUCAGUGGUGAACACGGGAGUGUGUUUCCCCUCGUUCCACCGGCCAUUACAAAUACGAAGAGGGACCUUUCUCAAGGGAGCAAGGAAGUGUUCGGGGUUUCAUUUUGUUUCCUGCCCUCCGAUUUAGAAGCUUGUCUUUUUGGGGGGCAAGAGGAGAGCAGGCUCUGAGACGUGAAUCCUGAGAGCAGGAGGCGGCGGGAGGCGCUCGGGAAUCUCGUGGCCUCAGUGUCAAGUCUUUGCUGGACUCUGCUCCUUCAGAGAACCAAGGGUGCAGGUUCCCAUCUCUGCCAGGAAACGUUGUUAUCCUUUAGCUUUUCGGUUCUGGAGUCUUCAGUACGUUAUGCCACUUGCAGACCUAAUCCAGGAUGGAUAGAGAGGGAUGUUAAUCAUUCAUCAUGAUCUUUGCCGCUCUCGUUGAACUGUUGAGAACUUUUUAAAAUAGUUUCCUUAGGUCCUUCAUUAGUCCACCAACCUCUCUCUCUUACACACACACACACACACACCAGUCUGCUACAAUUCACUCAGUUCUUAAACACAAAAGAAAACACUGGAAUCUGAAUCACUAUGUGAAGAGUCUCCACCUGGUGAUGGCUUUUUCGGGAGCUGGCUUCCCACGACGUUCGCUGCAAACCUGUUAACUCUUCCGAGCUCGGAGGCUCUCAGACUCAUGAGCGUAUGAGAUGGGAGUCCCUGGGGAAGUCUCUUAUACUCAGUCCACCUUCACUUUGAGACCAUCUACUGUCAACGUGAACGCAUCAUGAGAGCAAAAGGUGGCCCCGAUGGCAGGGGAGGCUCUGCCCUGACGGGGUGGGCAGGACUCUGCAGGAGGCAGGAAGCAGAUGACGUCAUGUUCCUGGUCUCCCUGCUUGCCCGCCAGCCCGGGUGUGCGGAGUCCACGUGGCCAGGGCGGGGCUCUGGGGUGAGCCCUCCCCUGCCUGCUGGGAACACCAACCUUCUCCCUUGAGUCCGCAGCCCGCUGCAGGGUCUGAGCCCGGAGCCGGCCGCCGUCCUGGCCCCGGAGCCCCUCCCCCUCCUCCCGGGUCUCUUCUUCCUUGACCUCCACCGCCUCCAUCACCAACUGGUAGUACGCCGUUCUCUCUCCUUUUUAAAAGAAUAUAUUUUAUCAAGCAUUCUUUUUGAGGUCGAGGGGUAACUUGUCUAUUUGCUGGAUUGGAUUUUUAUAAAACUUAGCCCGGAAACCGGCACCAACUGUGUUUACUCAGUUCACUCACUUCUACCUGCUAGUUUAGACGCUGCACUUGCUUUCUGAGUCAGCCCGGCCAGUGCUGUGCAAAUCCUACCCUCUAUUCAGCAGAUCCGACAAUCCUACCUCAAGCUCCCGCUCCCAGACGGGGGGUGGCCUGCGAGGCCGGCUGCCCCACGUCUGCAGGAGCCGCCUGGUGCUGUGUUCAAGCCCCCGCCGCCCAGGCCCUGGCAACCACCUGCUCGGUGGAGUCGAGGUCUUGCCCCGUCCUCGUCGUCCGGCGGGUGGCUCCCAGGGCACUCCCGCAUCUCGCCCCGAAGCCCCGGCCGGAGCCCAGCAGGUGAUGCGCACGGCCCGGUGCCCCGGCCGCCUGCCCCGUCUCCGCUUCCACUGCCCUUCCGUCUCACUCCUGGGCCACGGCCCCGGCAGCCUCGGCUUGGAGGGUAUGGAAGGUUCCUGAAGGUUGGAGGAACCAGAGGAGGCAUAGCCUUCCCGGGGCCAAGGGAGCCGUGGCCGGCAGGGCCAGAGGCGUCGGCUUUGGGAUGUGUCUUUUGGGAAAGAUGAGCUUGUCGGUCCCGAGGCGGGCCGGGCCGGUGGAAUUGGCUCUUUUCGGUGGAGUCUGGGUGAAAGGCUGGGGAGCUCCCAGGAUCAUGGAAGCCGUGUGACCAUGCGGCCCUGGCCCUGAGUCUUCGGGGAGGAGCUCCUGGGCAUCAGCUUGGACUUAGUACCAGCCUUCGGAGAGCCAGCACCUCGGUCAGAGGGAGAUGGGAAAGGGAGAAGGGAAGCCUCUUUAGGGAGAACAUGACCUGUGGCUCAGAGAGAAGCCACCGGGACUCUCUCCCUACGGCCGCAGCGGCCAGAGGGGCUGUGAGUGGGGAGCCGGUGAGCACGUGCCUUUCCCAACUCCUCCAGGGGCCCAGAAGCAAUACGGCGGAUACUGGGGACCGCGUCAGGCUGUCCUACAGCCACCUCUCCCGUCCUCAGCACAAAACACCUUCUAGGAACCAGAACGGACCUCGGGGAGAAGGCAGGUCCGUGCGGCACACCCGUGUUCUUGAGGAACCAGCAGACUGAACAAGGGACUCGUCAACAACUCAUGGCCUUGGGUCACCCUCUCGAGAAGCCUGGGAUUCAGAGUAGAAGCGACAGGUCACGGGCUUCUCAUCUGCCAUCGAAUUCCCUGUUCCUUUACAAUGCGGUGACAUGUUUGUACAUAAAAAACGAUAUCAAGAUGAUGCUUUGGUCGGGCUGGCUGACAGAUAACUUGGUAUUCGUCUAUCAAGCAGUUUCGGUGAGAAAGGAAUUCAAAGUAAUUUAAAGUGUCAAGUUCCAUUAUAUUGUAAAUAACGCCCCCCCCCCCCCCAAGCAACGUAGUUCUGCAGUUUGUUCUUUGCUAGUGAGCCAGUUUGGUCCAAGUGUAUGCCUUUCCUUUUAGAAUUAAUCUCUUUAAAAAUUGUCCAGUAGCAUUUCACUGCAUAGCAUCCUAGCUCCUAAUUCAAAGCAAGGUAAGACAUUACACACAGCCCGGCUUCCCCCUCUGUCCUGUUUGGGAAAAUAACGAUUACAAUUAAAGUGGGCAUCAGUCAUCCUGACCCACAAAGGGACUCACCUAAAAACUAUAAAACUGUAGAUAGUUAUAGGCUGAGCCUUCAGCCCUAUACGUACGUAUCUGUAGUUUCGACAGCAACCUCAGGCGCCCUGUGGCCCACUGACACUGGAGAGGGUCAUGCGUACAGCGCAAGCCUGGGCAGAACAGGGGUUCAGAGAGCCAUGGGGACAGGCCCAUCCUCCUUGCUCUUAGCACCCAGGACUGCCCCGUCUCUGGUGCCCCUGCCCUCUGCCUACCAGAGCACUCUCAGGAAAGGACCAGGAUGCAGGAUCUAUGUGUACUUCUUCCAGGGAUAUUUGCUUUUAAGCCUUAAUUCUAGUUGCAACUGAAAGGCUUGGUCCCCUGAGAAGGCGGGUUUCAGAGCAGGUGAGCAGGCCGCUUGUACAGGAAGCUGCCGCUGGUCCCAGGGCGCCUGCUGGCUGUGAGGUCGGGAGGGUGGAUACAGCCUGUGAAUGCUGAAAAACACUAUCAGCCUGUGAAUGCUGAAAAACACUAUCACGAGACCCUGGGCGAUGCCAGGAGUUCUCAGCCUCAGCACUACUGACAUUCGGCACGGUGGGCGAGAGCGGGAGGGAUAGUUCUCUGUUGUGGGAUCCUGCCCUGUGCACUACAGGACGUUGAGAAGCGUCCCUGACUCACUAGAUGCCAGUAGCGCCCCAAAUUAGUUGUGACAGGUAGAAGCGUCUGCAGACUCCCUGGCUGAGAACCACCGGGUUAUGCUGGCAGUCUGUCACGUGUCCAUACGUACAGUGAUGCGUGAGGCGUCCACGCUGUGGUCCCCGGAAAGCCUGUACCGCGAGGCUGCGGGCUUCACCUUGGCACCCACGAGCAGGCUUUCCCAGGUCUGCAGUGUCCUGCCAGAUGGGGCAGGUCGGUAAAAGGAGGGGAGCCUCUCACAGAAGCCAAUCCGUCAGGUCUCACUCUGUACUCCCCAAAUGUCCCCAACCCACCCCCAUGCCUAGAAAGCAAAACUCCUUACCCGUGUUUUUGCCUUCCACUUUUGACUGGAAGCAACAGGAACUUCUUCGGAGGGGUGUGGCCUUCAGCUGGUCAAAGAAAUCUAAUCAGGCAUCAUCAAAAAGCUAUUCAAGGCCUCUGCGGAUCCUGGGAAAUCUUGGCUUUUCUUUUGCAAGUGAGCCAGGAGCUAUUCAUUGGUCACGUUCCUUGAUCCACGGCUCUAACUUUAAAUGGACUGUAAGACAGUGAAGAGUAGGUUUGGGGCAGGAGACCAGGCUCAGCCCCCAGAAACGCCUCUCCUUGAACCUGGUACCGGUGCGGCCAAAUCUCUUCAGUGUUUCCGUGCCUCAGUCUCCCCGCCUGAACGUGGGAGCGGCCACACUAACCUACCUCGUCUGGUGAGCUGUGAGGAACACAGGAUAACGCUCCUUAGAGAAGAAAGCGGCGCGUUUCAUCUAUGGAGGUCCAGGCUAACAGCUCACGUUCAGAGGACGUGCGGCGACUUUCCCAAGCUUUCUCUGACCAGUGUCUUCCAUCCAAGCUUCUUGAGACCAGGAGCACGUGCUGACUACACAGCUGCCUGGCCGUGAGGAGGCAAAACCGGCUUCACGUGAGCAAAGAGGGCAACACAGCAGCUGUUCCCACUGUCAGAGCAGAAGAGCCGUCAGCAGGCUACGCGUCAGUGUUCCCAAAGGCGUCUGCAGGCAGAAACCCCCUUGAAACAUGGAAGGAGAGUGACCGCCUUCCUGCCUCCUUGGUUAUCUUAGUUCUAGUAUCUAAGGGGUCCCCCAGCCAAUGAUGUGUCUCCUCUGUUUCCAAAGAUCUCAGCAGAGGGAGUGGCUUUGAAAACCAGCAUCUAAGUGUGGAAGGCGGGUUAGGCAGAGGGGCUGCUGUCAUCACAGGCUGGGACUCACUUGCACUACCUGGCAAGGGGGGGCUCCUGGCUUUCGCGAUGAACCAUGCCGACUUGAGUCAGGAGGUGGGAGCUGAGAGUCCAGGCAAACCUCUACGCCUUCUCUCAAAGGGCGCGGCUCCCACAGGGCGGGGGCUGCCUGGCCGGGUCCCGGGAGACCCAGGGGACUCUCGGGCCAGCAAGGUGGGCGCUGGUCCCCAGGCCAGGCCCUCAGGAAGCCUCUGAGGAGAGUCCAAGACAGGCUUCAGGUGUGGAAAAGUGACUGCUUGCGGCUGUGGACGCAGGAGCGUGGCGGAUGCUUCCUGGGGGAGGCUGCAGCCUGAGGAGGGCUUUUCCGACUCCUCACCUGGUGGCCCGACGGCCCAGACCCCGGGGUUGCUCAGCACCAACAGGAAGUGCAGAGGGAACAAAGCAGAAAACGUGAAAUGCAUGAUGUAGAAUUGCUGCUUUCACACUAAGCUGUUGUAUCAAGCAUGAGAGAUGUGUGUCUAACGUUGGCAAAGGAAUUUUAAGAGUAACAGAAAGCUUUGUGUCCUUGUUUCGGCUGUCGACAGAACCUGCGUCUUCCUAUCUGUGUUUGCCCCGCCCUCUCCCUCCCCCACCCCUCCCCCACCGCACCCGCUUUCUGUCGGCAUUUGGCGGCAGCUCUUGGUCCCGUCGGUGUUCACGUUCCACUGGAAACACGGAGGAGGGAAGUGGGGGGGAGGUAGGCAACGUUUUUCUAAGUUUUGUAUUGGUAUCCCAAGCGUUUGUAUUUUUGAAUUGCAGACACUGUGUCUCUGGUCCUUGGGGGUUGGCUGAACUUCGUGUAUUGCCUUUUGGAAAACCUGAGUUUUACCGCAGUCGUAAGCAGAUUUGAAAUAAAUUCUUUUGACACUGCCAACAGCUGAAAGACAAGGUAUGGUC